UUUUUUUGUUUUUUUUGUCGCAAUCUAUCUAUGUACAUAGUACGAACGUAACAAUUACGACUAUUUCAAUUAAAAGAAUCGCACGUCAUUUUUAGUACUUGCCAAUUAUGUUAGUGCUUACUAGUGUGUCGACCAAGGCUGACAAUUUCUCAUAAUAAAGACAAAUUUCAUUACUUGCAUUGUUAAUAGUUUAAUUAAUUUUUUAAAUAUACAAUAUAUAUAAUAAACUUCUACUUCAUUAUCAUAACUAUUGACUUUGGGAAGGAUUUGCGUAGCGAUCAUGCUCGCAUACAUAAAUAGAAGCUACCGGUAGAUACACCUUUGACUAUACGUGUACAUUGCUAGCCAGUGAUAGAAGCGAUCUAUUCGAGGAAUGAAGUAAUGUCAUCGCCAAAAGGAUGCCAAUUAGUACUGUGUAUGCUCGUUGAAUCAGACUGACGGAAGUGAUCUUACAUAAAAACGCAAAUUUUUCCCAUCUUACGAUGUCCUUUGUACUUCUUUUUCACUGAUGUUGGUCAGUGAAAGUGAUUGUAGUCAAUGAUCAACGAUAACGAUGACGUUCAUAAAUAUUCAACCGUUCAAAUAAAAUAUAUUCUGCGAUUCAUCUUUUCCUUUUUAUGUAAAAAAGAUAACAUGAGAGACUUUACUUUCACAAUAUACAGUAGCUAUGUACUUACGUAUAUAUAUAUAUAUAUAUAUUCGAGUUAAUACCUUCUAGGAUUGCGCAAGACGAUAUGCAACGCAAUAACGCACCGUGGCAGAAAUUCACAUGAAUAUAAGAUACUUAGCAAUUGUCUUUCGGAUCGGAAAAAAGAAUCGACACUAAAUAUUAAAACAAAAGAUCAUCUCUUUUUCUCGAAAAAAUACAAAAAGAAUAAUAGUAUAUAAACAACGAUUAAAAGAACGACUGAGAAAGCAGGUGUAGAAGAACGAUGAGAAAUAAAUGAAGGUGGAACACAGGUGCAAUCGCAGGUAGUUGUUUUACUCGUAUCUAUUCGCUCACAGCGUGCUCAGUCGAGCUUGCAGAAGCAACGGAAGUGGGAAAAGGGAGAAGGGACAUCCAGGAUGUCCGAAGAGUUGCGCACGCAACAUUUAGGGACGCUGUCACACGGAGAGUAUACUAUGCAAACCGAAGAGGAAACUCAGUAUGCUCCAAGGAGCCGACCUGUCAGCUUUUAUGAUAAUUUUAAGGACGUACAAGUUAUGCCAACAUGUGUGACCUCUGCGAUGAGUGUUGGUAAUUUGAGUCAGGUUCGAGAAAACGAUACUACUUCAUCGAGCAUACCACAAAGUAGUAACAAUAAUAAUAAUAAUAAUAGGGUGAGCAGUGCGAUGAGUGCUGGUAACGUUUCCAAGAUUCAGAUUGUUAGAGUUACAGGUGCUCUUUCGAUGGGUAAUAUUGGUAAAACAUAUCGAACGGAUAAAACCGAUAAAGAACUUGGACGAGCUCCUUCGAUGGCCAAUUGUUUGUCAACCACAGUUCCCGUUAAUCUAGCUGCUUCGCAAAUAGCAGGUCGACACACACCCACCAGAAAUUCCCUCAGGCACAGCAGAAUGAUCGUGCUGAAUCGAAGUGGGCAGAGAGCACAAAAAUUCUUACCACCAUUAGUUUAUCAUCGACAAUUGGCUAGGUGUUUGGCAGCAUUACAGACCAUUCUUGGGAUUGCAAUUACUUCAUUGUCGUUAUGGUUGUUAUUGUGGGCUCCAAAUUUACCUAUAGCUGAUAAUCCAUAUUGGAGUGGAAUGCCUUUAUUACUUUCUGGAAGUUUCGGCGUGUGUUUGCUUUGUUGCUUCAAGAAAGAGUAUCCAGGUAUGAAUCCUGGUUUCUGCUUAACAUUGACGAAGACAAUCAGUACUUUACUUGCAAUUUCGGCAUCUGUGGCGUGUAUCCUGGCAUGCAUCUCAGCAACUAUGCAUCUGGCACAUCUUAUGAGGCUAGAAUGUACACCAGCACGUGUCCUCAACGCCACGUGUGUUUGUAGGCCACGAGAACAAACAAAUGUUACGGCUAGCGAAGCAUCGGUCAAAUAUAUGGAUUUGAACUGUCCCGAAGUUGAGAGUAUUUUAACAAUACUUCUCAUCUUUUCUUCAACGUGUAAUGCUUUUGGUGCUAUCAUCGCUGGAUGGUAUAGUUAUCUUCAUUGGAGUACUCGACGAAAGAGACCAAAAUAUGUACCUGUUAGAACGAGGACAUUCGAUUCGACUAGGUGAUAUCCGAUUAAAUUUCAAACAAUUUUUCACCAAAGUAUUCGACGAAAAAUUGUGACGUAGAGAAAGGGACCAAUCUGCGUAUUUUUUAAUCGAGAAGAAUUACGAGUAAUCAAAAUAUUCAAUGCAAACGAUUCAGAAAAGUACAAUGGCUAUUAAAACAUUUCUUGAAUCGUUAUCGUUAUUGUCAUCGACGUACGACGCACAUGUGUACAUAAAGUACAGUAUUUAUUUAGAAAUUUCUAAUACGUUCCAUAGUACGUAUGGAAUAUCUUAAGUGCGCAUAUGUACGCAAAUACAAAUUUAUUUGUGCUCGUAUUUUUGAUCGAAAGGAAGUUUCAUCGAUUAGUUAAAUUUAUUUACGCGCACGUAUUUAUUACAUCGAAAGAACAGAACGAAAGACUUCUACUCUAUACCUCAGCGUAUUAGAUUUUAAUACAUACUUCGACACUUGCAAGCGCAUAAGCUAACAUAUUUUACGUAUAUAUUUUAUAGUUGAAGAAAAUUACGUGGGUUAUGGGACGAAAUAAGUUAUUGUCAGUAUUAAUAUUAUUUUAAUCAAAAUUGUGCCCAUGUUAAUUCAAUUUAAGAUUGAUGAUCAUAUUGAUAACUUUAUAAUAAUAGAUUACAUUCCUUCUUUGUGAUCA